AUGUGUGUGUGUUUUACACACACCGUCCCUUCCCGCCCAUCCCUCUCCCUCGUCCACCAGAGCCUCCAGGAGCGCGACCCGCGGGCCUACCAGCUUUACUUUGCUCCAGGGGGGGGGCCCGCUGGCUUGGAGACAGGAGCCGACGGUGCCGCCGCUGGUCCAGGCCCCGCCUUUCUGUCGUGCACUCCCGAGCGGCUGUACGCCCGUACGGGUCGGUUUGUCGCGAGUGAGGCGGUGGCGGGUACACGGCCCCGGGGCAGGGGGGGAGAUGUGGAGCAGGACUUUUGGCUAUCCCUGGACUUGCUCCGCUCGGCCAAAGAUCAUGCGGAGUUUUGCACUGUACGUGACUGGAUUGCUUCCCAACUGGCAGGUCCGUGUGAGGACGUGCGUGUGGAGGUCCGCAAGUCCGUGUUGAAGCAGGGCAGUGUGCAGCACCUGUUCGGGCGGGUGGCGGCGGAGCUCAGGAGGGGUCGGAACGACGCGCAUCUGCUGGCGGCGCUGCACCCCACACCGGCCGUGUGCGGGCGACCCAGGCAGGCUGCGUUAGGGUACCUGGACGAGCUGGAGUCGUUUGAUCGCGGGUGGUAUGCGGGU